CUUCAAUUGUGCACCAACUCAUGGUUGACUACCCAAACCGAAAGCCUAGAAACUAUUGCCAGUUUGUAGUGGGCAAAGAGUGUAGAUAUUUUCAGCUGAGUAGACCAUGUUACACUGAAGUGCAAAUUAGUAUGUUAUAGCAGUCAAAUUUGUUGUCAUAUUUAUCAAGAAAAGGCAAUACUCAAAAUUGUGUACAGCGUACGUCAUUUGAAGUGUGUGUGAACAUUAUGGGAAUAAACGUAAAGAAGAUGCUUUGGUGGUUGUUCUGACUAUCGACAACCUAAAUGCGUGACGUCAGCCACGUCAUUGGUGACAUGGUCCAUAAAAAAAUCAAUAUUUGGAAUCUGUACUCUGUAUUUCUGUGGACGAGGCGUUCUGGAUACGAAUGAAUUAUUUCCAGUUUAGUAGUUCCACUGGUUGUGAGCCGUUGGUGUGAAUGGAGAUUGUUUGCCUUCAUCAAGGUUAGGAGUCAGCGUGUUGUUGCUGCCUCUCUGUCGGUGCAAAGCUAAUCGAGAACUCCACCCACUUUAUCGAUUUCAAAUCAACAGCAUUUUUGAGUCAGUCUACAAGAGCCGUAUCGGUUGUGCAUCGUGUUGUCUGACUUGCAUUGGUUGCCAAGGAUUGCUGGGGAAAUUGGAGGAAAUAUUCUGCAUGUUAUUUAAGUACAGUUGUGUAUUUCAUGGAGGAAAUGGCAGGCGGCGCGGUGGUUGUCAGUUCAUGUCAAACCAUUUCUGAAAGACUCUCAACUGUGCUAGUUGAAAGGAAUGGAAAGAUAGUAGCAGUGGUGCUCCUGGCCUUGGUGCUAUCCAGUCAUGGAAUUGCUCGGUAUUACUACGGGAGAGACACUUGUCAAGAUCUUCUGUAUGGAGGCAGAUAUCUGGGGCCUAAUGUGUGGCAGCCAGCCGGCUGUAUGAUGCAUCAAUACAGCAUGGCAGAUUCAUCUAAAUGCCUUGCGGGCCAGCGCGUCUUAUUCAUCGGCGAUUCUCGGAUGAGACAGCUGUAUUUCACAUUCACCCAGAGGAUAACGACAGAGAAAUUAAAGGAAGAAAAAUUUCAUGAGAACCUGCUGCACACGAUUCCAGAAACAAAGACUGCAAUAGAGUUCCUCUGGCAGCCUGAAGUGAACAACUCUCUCAAUAAAGAAUAUGCAGCUAAAGUACUAUCUUCGUCCCCGAAGCCGGUACUAGUGGUCCUUGGAGUAGCAACAUGGACGAUUAAGCUGCACAAUGCUGCACAUGAGGCAUUAGAACAGUACACAGUGAACCUCACGCAGCUGACACCAAUCUUGCAGAAGACAGAGGACAGCACCAAAGUGGUUUGGAUGAUGCAAGCUCCAGUACAAGAGUCUUUACUCAGUGAAAGCCGUAAGAUGAUCACCAACGAGCAGCUGGAUAUGUACAAUGCUGCCACAGUAGACGUCUUAGCUAAUACAAAUGUGGAGCUGUGGUACUCAGCCAUGGAAGUCUCCAAUAAAUCACAGGAAGACACAACGGAUGGAAUGCAUCUAAGCAACGAGGCACUCAACACGGAUGCCCAAUUAUUACUAAACCUGGUGUGUAAUUCUAAGAGUCGACCUCUUGACACAACGUGCUGCACCAGAGAAAGCUUCAUGCCAACCCUGUUACAGGUACUGACGUUCUGCUUCUUCAUUUCAUGUGGUAUUGUCUCCCUCGGUCUCAGAGCGCGUCUUCGGCACAUUGCCACCCGACCCAUCCCCGAACCCGGCCCGUCAGCUAAUGCAAAUAGUCUCCACAAUCACGUCAAGCCGUCACAAGAGGGCAGUGUUCCCAGAGACCCUGAAUCUGGUAACGCCGCCCGGAAGGGCAGCGACCUGCUGCAGGCGUAUAAACUGACCAGCUCCCUGGCCAAGUUUGGAAUCAUUCUCUUCUACAUCUUCCUGGCUGACAGAACUGAUUUUCUCCAAAAAGAGCAGAAAUUCUUCACCUACAAAUCCUUCUUCGUUCCACUUGUUUAUGUCCUCGUUCUUGGAUUAUUCUUUGUUAAAAAAGUACCCAAGCCGGUUGUUCUGAGUGUCCCACAGACCACAGAAUGGAAAGGCUGGAUGCAGCUAGUCAUACUAAUAUACCACAUCACAGGAGCUAGCAAGAAAAUUCCAAUCUACAUGCACAUCAGAAUUCUGGUGGCCAGUUAUCUGUUUAUGACUGCUUACGGUCAAUUCACUGCCAGUUGGGACAGGCAAAAGUUUGGCCUGGUUAGAGUAUGUCAGGUUUUGUUCAGGCAGAAUCUGUUGGUCGUCCUGCUGUGUUUAGUCAUGGACAGACCGUAUCAGUUUUACUACUUUGUCCCGCUUGUAUCCUUCUGGUAUCUACUCAUCUAUGCGACAAUGGCGUUCCCUCCGCUAGUCACCAGGGAAUCAGCGAAAGCCCUGCCAUCCCAUACUGUUUACAUGCUGCUGAAGAUCGGCGUAUUCAUCGUCAUAUGUGUCACGGUAUCAAUGUCAGAAAUUUUCUUCAAUUCUUUAUUCAAUUGGUGGCCCAUAAACACAUUGUUUUACUGGCCUGGCCAAAAUCUUCAUGAGUGGUGGUUUCGUUGGCGGUUAGACAGAUAUAUUAUAGUGUAUGGCAUGCUGUUUGCUAUGGGCUACAUUCAUCUCAGGGUAACAAAAAGGCUGAAUGACAGCCACUCAGAGAAUCUAUUCUCCACAGCUUGGACUGUCGUCAGUCACAUCAUCGGAGUUCUAUUUAUUGCAAUAUACACUGUCCAUUCCUUCAUGUGUAGCAGCAAGCCAGAUUGCAAUGAGGUGCAUACCUACAUCAGUGCAUUGCCGAUAACUGGUGUGAUUAUUCUCAGGAACAGCAGUGGCUCCCUACGGACACGCUACAGCACGUUCUUCGCCUGGUUUGGCACAAUAUCCCUGGAGCUAUUCAUCAGCCAGUAUCACAUCUGGCUGGCUCAAGACACCAAGGGAAUCCUGGUCCUCAUUCCCGGUCACCCAAGCCUCAACCUCCUCGUCUCAACGUUCAUCUUCAUCUUCAUCGCUCAUGAGAUCUCCUGCCUCACCGCCGACAUCGCGAAAUGCGUGGUGUCCGAGGACUACGUGACAACCAGGAACCGCUUCCUGAUAUUUCUGGUUUGCCUGGGAGCGCUUUUGGCAUAUUCUACGUACGGCUGAGGUUUCGUCGCGGGUCCUCUCCCAUUCGGCAUUGUAAGAUGGACCGAUUAAAGCUACAGUCCAUCAUUUGUAAUUUGUGCAUUUUGUUCGUUUGAAGCAACAAAAGAGUUCAAAAUCUAAUGA